UAGUUACAGGCAAGCGCCGUCGGCCAUGAUGGCAGCAGCAGCAGGACCUAAUACAAGUAAUUUUGCCCAAAGUUCCGCUUUUGCCGACGCAGUACAGCGUGCCAGACAGAUCGCUGCUAAGAUCCAACCGUCCGGUCAAAAGCGUCCCCUCGACGAGGCAGAAGGCGGCAUGGAUCGUUUACCAGGUCCUGAUGCCAAGAGACCCCCUGGUGGUAGCGGAGGUGGCGGCGGAGGCGGUGGGGGAAGUGGUGGUGGUCCCAUUAUAACAGCUUUGUGCAUUUUGACAUUUUUAUGGGAUUUUGUGAACCCAUCCUUGAUUUAUCAUUUUAUGUCCUCUGCAGUUAUUGGACGUGGCGGUGAACAGAUAACACGGUUGCAGCGGGAAUCUGGUGCAAAAAUUCAAAUGGCUCAAGAUAGUGGAGGAUUGCCCGACAGGCUGUGUACUAUUUCAGGACCAAGGGAUGCUAUCAACCGUGCAAAGGAAAUGAUUUUUGAAAUAGUUUCCCGAGGAGAUGGGCCCCCCGAUAGACGAGGUCGAGGAGGAAUGGGUGGUGGCGGUGGUGGUGGGGGCGGCGGUGGCGGUCCUAUGGGACCUCCUGGAAUGGAUAUGGGUGGUAAUGCUUCUACUGUUGAGAUAAGCAUUCCUGGGCCAAAGGUUGGCCUUAUUAUUGGGAAAGGAGGAGAGACCAUCAAACAACUGCAGGAGAAAUCUGGAGCAAAAAUGGUCAUAAUACAAGAUGGGCCACAGCAAGAAAAUGAAAAGCCUUUGCGCAUCACUGGAGAACCUCACAAGGUGGAAAUGGCCAAACAAUUAGUGUAUGAUCUUAUAGCAGAAAAAGAAACUCAAGCUGCUCAGUUUGGUAAUCGUGGCCGUGGUCGUGGUGGCAACUUUGGCGAACGCAGAGGAGAUAGAGACAGAGUAGACAGAGGUGAUAGGGAUCGACGAGACCGUGACAGAGACAGAGAUGAAUUUGGAGGGGAUGAAAGGGACUCUAACGACUUCGACCCUCAACAGGAUCGCUUUGGUGGCGGUCGUGGGGGUGGCCGUGGAGGCUUUAAUAAUGAUUGGGGUCGGGGUGGUCCUGGUGGUCCCCCAGGUGGUCCUAUGGGUCGUGGUGGCUUUGGUGGGCCGGGUGGACCUGGGGGACCGGGUGGGCCUGGUGGUAUGGGAGGCCCAGGAGGACCUGGGGGCCCAAUGGGUCGUGGUGGACCAAUGGGAGGACCAAUGGGUGGUGGCGGCGGUGGAGGCGGCGGUGGUGGUGGUGGCGGCGGCGGUGGUCGUGGGGGACCAAAUGAUAAAGUAGAGGCCUUCUUUAAUGUUCCCGCCAACAAAUGUGGUCUUGUUAUUGGUAAAGGAGGAGAAACCAUCAGAACAAUCAACCAACAGACUGGUGCUCACUGUGAACUGGAUCGGAGACCCCCAAGUAAUCCUAGUGAAAAAACAUUCAUUAUCCGUGGUACGCCUGAACAGAUAGAAAAUGCUAAAAAGAUGAUUGCAGAGAAAGCUGGCAUGGGUGGUGGUGGUCCAGGACAAAAUGGUACCAGUAAUCUUGCACCGCAGGGAUGGGGUAAUGCGUACCAACAGUGGAAUCAAGGACAUCCAAACGAUCCAACAAAACAAGCUGCUGAUGCUAAUGCUGCAGCUUGGGCAGCGUACUAUUCUCAGUACUACGGUGGACAGCAGAACCAAAAUACCCAGAAUAGUGGCCCACCGUCCAGCCAGCCGCAGCCUAAUGCCAGCCAGCCUCCCUCAGGACCUCAAGCUGGUGGUCAGCCGGACUAUUCAGCACAGUGGGCAGACUACUAUCGAAGUAUGGGGAUGCACAGAGAGGCCGAGGCUAUUGAACAACAAGCUAAAGGAAUGAAAGUGGCUGGACCAGGCCCAAAUGCAGCACCACAACAGGGUGGAGGUGUGCAGGCAGCAACCCCAGGAGGUGGCGUUGGAGGUGGCACUGGUGCUCAAGAUUAUUCUCAACAGUGGAUUGAGUACUACCGGUCACAAGGAAUGCAUACAGAAGCUGACAAGAUUGAAGCCCAAAUCAAAGCUUCCAAGGGAGCAGUGGGUGGGGCACCGGCAGUCCCCAGUGUCCCACAUCAACUUGGAGGAGCCCCAGGAGCAGCAGUUGCGGCAGCAGCAGCAGCGGCCGCCACAGCAACUUCAGCAACAGUAGCAGUACCAGUCAACGGUCAAGCACCCGGCCAGCAGUCUGGUGGCGGGAUGAAUGACUUCUCUCAGCAAUGGAUUGAGUACUACCGGUCACAGGGUAUGCACACUGAGGCGGAUAAAAUUGAGCAGCAAUUAAAAGCUGCCAAGGGAGGAGCAGGAGGUCCACCUGGUGGAGGUCCGGGGGCGCCCAUGUAUAAUCCAACAUUCAAUCAGGGAUAUUAAGACAUAUGGAUUUGUCAUAACAGUGGACACUUCUCUUCUAGAUGACAGACCCAUUUGUUGUUGCCUUGAAGACUUCAGUGUUGGGUUGUUGGCCUCAAAAAAUGUAUCAUGUUGCGAUAUCUUAUUCGUGAUGUCAUGAUGUUCCCCGAUGAUAUGAGAUGCUAUUCAUAAGGAUGGUAUGAAGCUGCUGCAUACUUCAAGAUGUACAAUGAUUUUGUGUCACUUAUAACUACUAUUAUUAUAAUUGUAAGAGGGUUCUUGUUAACUAAGCUGCUUUUUUUUUUUUUUUUUUUAUCAGAUCCUGUAAAUAUGUCACAUAGUUUACUCUUUCUAUAAUUAUGCCUAAUGUGAGAAAUAUACCUUGUACAAGAUAAUUGUAGGUUUUAUUGCUGUGCUAGGGGAAGAAAAAUCUCAUUGUUCGAUGGGGUAGCUGGGGUGGGCUUCGCUGACCUCUCAGAAAUGUGCAUUCUUACUCUUUUAAGCCAUAUACCAUGUGCCUAUUCUGCAUAUUAUUCUACGUACGAUCCCAGUAUUGAAAUUGAUCCCUUAUUCUGUUUUUAUCUCGAUGCACUUAAAAUUUUUCAUGUAAUAUCCUAACCUCCUUUUACAGGUUAAUAUCUCCGUGAUAUGCCGUUCCUUUUCUUUCUUUUUUUCAUUGUACGUAUGUAUAUAUACGUAUAUAUAUAAACAUAUAUACACAAGAAAUCAUAUUAUUUAUACCGUAAUGCCAUUUCGGGAUAUUUGUGAAUGACAUGUGUUAUGUUAUGGCCAAUAUCAUUACAGGCUAUUCAGGGAAAUGAGUUAAGGAGGAAGAAGAAACACAAUCACCACGCGACAAACAGGUAAAUGUAGUAAAUGAUACUCUAGAUUAUUAUUAUUAUGCCCAUUUACAUCCUCGUGGAUGCUAUUGAUACCGUAGUUUUAUUGCUCUGCCACAUUGGCCCUUGCUCAUAGCUGGGGCACAUUUAUCAGCUAUUUUAUAUUUUAUAAUUGCCAUUGAUGUGUUAUUUUAUAUCCAUAUUUAUAUUUUUUCAUUGAUAACAUUGAAGGACUGGUGCUCCUCCCUUGGUGUGUUUUGCAAUAUGGCAUUGAAUAUUACCUUAUGGUUUCCAUUAUGAACCGAACCCAUCUAUAUUAUUAUUGAUGCCCGUAUUAUUCUUAUUGACACCUGCAUUAUGAAUGAUAAUUACCUACAUUCUGAUUGUCAGUGGUGGUGAGAGGUUCAGCUCAUUCCAAGCACAUGGGUGGGGAAUUGGGUGGGUAGGUCUUCAGCACUUGCGUAGGCCGGUCAGCAAAAGUGUGUUAUUUUUUGUUGAGAAAGUUGUCUAAUUGCGUAGGUUAGAAUUCCCUCUUGAUGGAAAGCACGUCUUAGAAAUUAUAUUUUUCUCGGUGGGGUUUGUCAGAUAAAUCCUCCCUAGCCUUUUUUAUUUUUCAAUUCGUCAUGACAUGAAGGUUUUUCCACGUGAAUUUUUGGAGUUUCACAGACUUGCUCAAUUGCUGCCACUGGCCGGUGUAUCAUUGAGACGACCAAUAAAAACCUUCCUAACUCCA